AUGGGCCGGUACAGCAACCCCACCAGAUUGCAGCGUGUCAUCGCUUCUGGCCAGCAGCCAAAGAAGGAGGUGGUCACCACUACACCUCCGGGCGAGUGCCUGUUCGACCGGCUGCCGGCGGAGAUCGUAGCUAUCGUGCUGGGCUUCGUGCCUCCCAGCCCCAGCAAUCUGUCUUCCCUCCUGCGCGUCUGCCGCUCCUGGACCUCCGCCAUCGAGUUCGACCCCCGCAAACCAAAGGGUCAUAACUGA